AUGGCACCUUUUGCAAGAUCAAUAGACACCUUCUCGGCGGAAAGCAUAGACUCAGGUCUUACUUUAAUCUUCCGACAGCUCCCUCUCCCACCAUCGGGAAUCUCAAUCACCCAGCUUGGGGCAUGGAUCCUAUGGGCAAUCUGGAACGCAAGAAAUCAGAGAAUCUUUCAGGAGCGGUUCUUCACUAUUGAGGAAACUUUGAUCAAAGCAAUCACAAGGGGAAGAGAAUGGCAAAACGCCCAGGAAAAUCCACCGAUCCACAUACCCAAACCGAUCACACAUUUAUGGCCCCGAGAGGAAGUGAUUAUUUGUAGAUCUGAUGCCGCCUGGAAACCUGGAAUCUCGGCAGCGGACACAGCGUGGAGCUUCUACAGCAACAAUGGAGGGAUGAUCACAUCUCACAGUAAACUUAUCUCAUACGUGAACUCGUCCCUUGUGGCGGAGGGACUAGCGUUGAGGGAGGCGAUGGAACAUGCAUUGUCUCUGGGUUUCAAUCGAGUGAAUUUCGAGACGGACUCAAAAGAUCUAGUGGCAGCUAUAGUCGAUGGAGCCUGCUUCUCUGUGAUUCACGGAGUCGCUUUCGACAUCACUCUUUUAUCUAAAGCUUUUGUUUAUUUCUCUCUUCGGUAUUGCAACCGUCUCUCUAUCCUUUGA